GACACACACUACACCUGUGCACUUCACCCGUCUCUGGUGUUGCUGUGUGAAGAUUUCUCACCUUUGGACUGCAAACAAAGUUUCUUUCCUUCUGGGAAUCGUGGAUUUGAACCUCACCUCUUGCCUUUUAAGAUCUUUUGCGUGUGUGUGUGUGCGUGUCUGUGUGUGUGUGUGUGUGUGUGUGUGUGUGUGUGUGUGUGUGUGUGUGUGUGUGUGUGUCUGUGGACGGCUGUGUCCUCAGAGCGAGUAAAAAAACCUCGGGGUUAGAAUCGCUCUGAACUUGCUUCACAUCUCUCGACUUUUACGGCUUUUACGGUUGUGAAUCUUGGGCUCUACGCAGAACCGCUGUGACUGUUGGGGUCUGUUUGGGUGGGAGCAGCCCAGGCCGGCGGAAAUCCGGGCGCGAUGAUGCAGGAGGUGUCCAUGGUGACGGCCUACGAUGCCAACGCCAUAGAGCAGAUGAGUGAAGAGGAGAUCCUCGCCUAUCUGGUUGCUGACACAGGGCCUACGAUCAAUGUCCCCACAAAAAAAGCGAAACUCGGGGAAAGUCGGCUUCAGAUCAUGGACGAUGAGCCUGUGGACAAAUACUUGAAAGAAAACCGGCGGCUCCAGCAGGCCAGCCUUCGCCUGGAGCAGGAAAACGAUAGCUUGGCCCACAGACUGAUCACCAGCAAGGUUGCUUUGAGGAAUUGUCUAGACGAGGCAGAAGACAGAGUAGACCAGCUAACCAGAGACCUUCUUAAGAUCCAACAUCGACUGCAGGCAACUGAAGACGAGAAAAGAGGCAAAGAGGAAGAAGCUGCCAUGCUGAAGGAAGUGUUUCGGAGAGAGCUGGAGAGGGCUGAGCAGGAGAUAAAAAAAUCGUCCGGUAUCAUCUCCGACUACAAACAGAUCUGCUCUCAGCUGACAUCGCGUCUGGAGAGGCAGGAAGCCGCCCACAGAGAGGAGUUGGAUGCACUCAAGAGCACGGUAGAGGCCUGCUCCCAGUGUCGACACGUUGCAGAAUCGAUCCCCGGAGGCCACAGCGCCGACACACCGAUGCAUGUGGAGACCGAACCGGGCGGGCAGGAGUCCGGCGAAAGCCCCCAACAGGAAGACGGGAACAGGAAGGACCAGGAGAAGGAGUCUCUGAAGGCCCAGAUCAGAGAGCUGGAGAAGGAGCUGGCCCAGACCAAGCUGCUGGUGGUGGAGGCCAACUGCAAGAUUCAGGAGCUGGAGCACCAGAAGGGAGUCCUGGCCGGCGAUCUCCAGGAAGCAAAAAACAACUGGAUCAGCAAGGCCUUGACGUCGCUGCGGACCUCCGCGGGGGGACACCACAGCAUCGGCAUGCACAGAGAGGGCCUCCCCAUGUGGAGCCUCCACGGCUCCUCCCUCUCAGGAUGGACUCCUAAGAAGCUGUCACAGCCCCACAAAGACAACACAAAACACGUUUGAAUGGCUGGACCGCAUGUGUGUGCCGAUGACAUUCGUCUGGAGUCGAGAUGACAAACGCACGAACACGGACAGAGAGGUACCU